UCGAAUUUUAUUGUUCACAUAAAUGGUCGGGGUCGAUCAGGAUUCGAAUGGACCGGAUGCACGGAUUAUAGAAUGACGGCGAAGUGCCAGAUUUCUUCCGUCCGAGCAGAGUAGGAAAAUCCCUUUGCCUUGGCUUCGUUUUUCUCUAAGAAAUUCUCAAACGAAAGCUAGGGUUCUUCUGCUUCUUCCUAACCUCCUAGCCCUAGCCUUAUUACCCGAUGUAACUGGCCAACGUUUUGAGGAAUUCCGGCUUCGAAAGAAACCUUGCUUUCAAUCGCUGCAGUUCAGCUAUCCCUAGAUCGGAGACGUAGAUAAAAGAUGUCGUCUUCUUCCGGACAGCCACAGUUCCGGUACACGCAGACCCCCUCCAAAGUUUUGCACCUCCGGAACCUUCCAUGGGAAUGUACGGAGGAGGAGCUCGUUGAACUCUGCAAGCCUUUCGGUAAGAUCGUCAACACCAAGUGCAACGUUGGUGCCAACCGCAACCAGGCUUUUGUUGAGUAUGCGGACCUUAACCAGGCCAUCUCAAUGGUUUCAUAUUAUGCUUCAUCUUCUGAACCUGCACAGGUUCGUGGUAAAACUGUGUAUAUUCAGUAUUCAAAUAGACAGGAGAUUGUAAACAAUAAGAGUACCGGUGAUGUUGCUGGGAAUGUCUUGCUUGUAACUAUUGAGGGCGUUGAAGCUGGUGAUGUCAGCAUAGAUGUGAUUCAUCUGGUCUUCUCUGCUUUUGGAUUUGUUCACAAGAUUGCUACCUUUGAGAAGGCAGCGGGUUUUCAGGCUUUAAUCCAGUUCACUGAUGCAGAGACAGCUUCAGCAGCCAGAAAUGCAUUAGAUGGGAGGAGUAUUCCAAGAUAUUUACUCCCUGAGCAUGUUGCCUCAUGCCACUUGCGAAUUUCAUAUUCCGCUCACACAGAUUUGAAUAUCAAAUUUCAAUCACAUCGCAGCAGAGAUUACACAAACCCAUAUCUUCCCGUGAAUCCUUCUGCAAUUGAGGGCACUUUACAGCCUACCGCUGGUGUUGAUGGAAAGAAAAAGGAACCUGAAAGUAAUGUUCUUCUUGCUUCCAUUGAGAAUAUGCAAUAUGCUGUCACAGUUGAUGUUCUUCAUACCGUGUUUUCGGCAUUUGGUAGAGUCCAAAAAAUUGCAAUAUUUGAGAAGAAUGGUGGCAUGCAGGCCUUAGUUCAGUACCCUGACGUGACAACUGCAGCAGUUGCUAAAGAAGCUUUAGAGGGGCAUUGCAUCUAUGACGGUGGCUAUUGUAAGCUUCAUCUGUCAUACUCUCGUCAUACUGAUCUCAAUGUAAAGGCACACAGUGAUAAAAGCAGGGAUUAUACAGUUACUGAUGCAGGCAUUCUUUCAAUGCCUCAAACUUCUUCUGCUGGUUGGCUGAGUGCUCCUCAACCUGCAUCAUCAGUAGUCUAUAGCACUCCAGCCAUUUCUGAUGGAGGUUUGAUCGGUCAGCCUGGGUGGGAUGCUAAUCGGCAAGGGAUUCAACCUGGUGGUUACAACCACCCCCAGAUUCCUGGAGCGUACAGUGCUCAAACAUUUGGGCCAUCAUCUGCACCCCCAUAUUCCGUCUCCGGAACCCAUCCUUCCACUUCAGCUGGUUUACUUCAAGCUUCUCAGCAAAUGCCCCCUUAUGGCUCACAAGCAGGUGCUCGUCAAGCAGCGGCUCCGCCAUCUGCGGGGCAGCCACCUAUGUAUUUUAGUUAGCUGAAGCGGCUUCAAUGUGAUUCUUUUUUUUUUUUUUUAAUUCUUUUCCCUUUGGGAGUAACAAGUGAGAUUGCCCGCCGCCGCUGGUGUUUUUAGUAGUUAUUUGUGGUGGUCUUGUGUGUUGACUAUACUCUGUUUUUUCAAUAGUUGUUGAGGCGUGAUGAUGCUCGACUUUUAA